AAUAAGCACGUGACUGUGACGCUCGCUCCCACCUGCCUCACAGCCACGCGCAAAAGGGCGCGUCCGUGUGUUGUAUCAAGUGUGCAAGAUCGAAAGACUGCAUCACAGCUCAUUCAAUUCCCAUCCAGACGCCGACUAGCACAGAAACAUAACCAUGGCCUCCGGAGUUACAGUGCAAGAGGAUGUGUUGACAAUCUUCAAUGAGAUGAAGGUCCGCAAGGCUCAGGCCAACGAGGAGGAGAGGAGGAAGAGAAAGAAGGCUGUUCUCUUCUGCCUGAGCGAGGACAAGAAGCAGAUCAUUAUGGAGGAGGGUCAGGAGAUCUUGCAGGGAGAUGAAGGUGAUCCCUACCUUAAGUUUGUCAAGAUGCUUCCUCCACAUGACUGCCGCUACGCUCUCUAUGAUGCCACGUAUGAGACUAAAGAGUCCAAGAAGGAAGACCUGGUUUUCAUUUUCUGGGCCCCAGAGACCGCUCCACUUAAAAGCAAGAUGAUCUAUGCCAGUUCUAAGGAUGCCAUCAAGAAGAAGUUCACAGGUAUCAAGCAUGAGUGGCAAGUGAAUGGUUUGGAAGAUAUCAAGGACCGAAAGACCCUUGCUGAAAAGCUUGGGGGAUCAUCAGUGAUCUCUCUCGAGGGGAAGCCUCUAAACGAUUGAGGCAGACACAUUUCAGGGGUUAGCCGUUCAUUCCAACAUGGGUGGGGCAGAGGGGCCAACACGUCUGUUUGUGGGGCCACAGGGUGGGCUAAUGUGGGUGGGGAGGGUUGGGUAAAAGUGACAGUUUCCAAACUCAACACAUGAAGAAAGAUGUAGGCUGUCAUUCCAGUUCACACAUACAAUGAACAAGAUCAAAAACAUAAAAAAGAGGGAAAAAAAUAAUAUCUUAAAAGACGAAAAAAUGAUGGUUGAUGAUUAUAAAAACAAAGUAAUAUAACUGAAAAUGUGUACGGACAGGUUUUCAUUCUUUCUAGGUUCCAUUCAAUUGUCGAAAGAAAAGACUAAGAUGGCAGUCGUUACAGUUCCACUAUUGCAUCCUACAGCAUACUGUUCGUUCUUAAGAUUUAUUUUUUUUCUUUUGCUAAACUUCUAGUUAAGUUUAAGUAUGUGUGUGUUGUUGAGACUAGGUGUAGUACAAAACAGUUGACUCCAAAAUCAGUGUAUCGGACCAUUCUGGGAACACAGUUACUCCCCCCUUCCCCCCUUUGUUUUAUUUUGAGCUAAAGUUUUGUUUUAAUGAUUCCAUCUGAUUUAAAUAUUUCCAAAUGUAAUUCAAAACCAUGGCACUGGUGUCAAGAAAUUGAACGCAUUCCUUAUACCUGUAAAAUCUGGGACCCUGUGGGUUAGCAGCCUGUUGAUGAAUUGGAUUGAGUGAAGGCUACAGAUAAAGUUUAGAUGGGAAGCAAUAUGUUUGGGCAGCCUGUGUACAGAGCUUUGAUGGAUAUCGCUUAGUGGAUGUUUUGUAUCGUCUCCUUAUCUCUAAUAAAAAAAAGCACUAAACAAC